AACUCCAAAAAUUUCAUUCAUCCAGAGACUUCUCCGCAUCAAAGAAACCCUCGAAAAUGUCUGGUACUUUCGGCGCUCCACCAUCUGGUCCAGCGACCUGCUAGUUCCGGCGCGCUCCAUCAUCCUCUCCGGCGACGUAACACCCUCUUCCUCAUCUUCUUAUCCAGCAACCUACAAACUGUAUUUCUUCAAUCUAGGUGUACUUCUCUCCUUCCCACUCUCAAAUUAAGUGAUUUCUAAAUACAAUUUCGCUAAUUUCCUCUUCAAUUCCAUCCAGUUUAUGGCUAUUCAUCUUCAAGUACAUAAGUACAUUAGUGUGCUCAAGGAGAAAUUGGUAGAAUUUUUCACAAGGACGAAUUUACCAAGAACACCUGCCCCUGGUAGGCCAACAAUAUCUCUUUCUCUGCUGCUGCUAUUUGAUAUUGCUCGUUUAGCGGAGGAGUUUGAGAAAAAACCAAAUCCCACUCCAUGGGAUACAGAAUUCCUUGAGAUGCUAAAGGCAUCGGCAUCAGGGUACCGUGAACGAUACCACAUUUCAGGAACUCCUGUAUUUGAGCUAUCCUUUGUGAGCAUAUAUAAGGACAAAUUCAAAGAAUUCUACGAUGACGAUGAUCCAUGUAUAGAACUUUAUGGUCACAUUAAACUCGUUGACGAUAAUGACUAUGAGUACUAUCUCUUCAACCAAGAUUGUAGUGAUGCAAAGACUGUCAAUUUAUUGUACCACAAAUCAGUUAUUCUCCGAGGAUCCCAACACAGCCGCCCUCUUUUGUUACCAAAGUUUUUCUCCGUUGAAAUUUGUCUCAAAGACAGGAAACGAGAUGUUGUUAUCAUUAAGGAGUAUUUUUCUUUGGAUUUUAGUGGUGAGGUCAAGUACGACACAGAACAACAAUUAGAAUGCAAUUCUAACGGCCAUGGACUCGCCUCUGUGACCUACACAAUAUUUUAGUAUGCGGUAUUAGCUUCUGUGGAUAUCACGGUUGCUAAAAAUGACAGUGUUGGAAGCGAAGAGCUAGGUGAUGUAUUGGGUGGUACGAUAUCUGCUACGUGUAAGCUCAGAGAUACGUUUGUUUCACGCACACUAUGUGAUGAGUUUCAUGUUGAACCCUCAAUGCUUACUUCCCUUCCUGUAUUGUGUUGGACCUCUUGGUUGGCCGUGCCAUCUUAUUCUUCUUCGCUUGAUCUUGAAGCUAAUUUGGAGAUUAACGGUAGCAAAUGUGAGAGUUUGAGUGAUGCUUUGAAAUUCAAGGUACGUGAUAGCACACUCAUGCCAUUUGAGAAGGAAGUUAUGGUGGGAUAAUGGUGUAUGAAAGUGGUUGUAACUUGGAGACAUCCAUUUUAUUUUCUGAAGGAUGGUAUUUUGUCAGAAUGUGACUUUAAUUCUGAUGUUGAAGAAGCUUCCAGGGAAGAAAGUGAAGGUGCACCUUCAGAUGGCGAAGAGAGUUGGUUUGGGGACAGUGCAAACAUGUCAUUGCUCCUUCCUAUUGGACAUCCAAUGUUGGACGAGAGGAUUACUCCUUUACCUUAGGUUUUUUUUACCUUUCUACCACUUGUUGAGAUUUUUCGCAUCUCAGUUCAUACAUAUGGCGAUGAAGGUCCUUUGUUACUACACGGAAUAAUUGAUGCUUUUGAUGAAAUGGAGGACGCUUAUGAUAUGUUUAAAAGAAGUGAGACGAAUCCCGCUUUGGUUGACUCUCGUGGCAACGUACCUCUACCUUUGGUACAACUUAGUCGUUGCUUUUGGGGUGAAACAUUCGGAAUGAUUGUUGAACUUAAGGAUAAUAUAGGACGUGAAAUAAGCAGGGGGUCCUUGUCAUGGAGUACUUCUUCGGCUUAUGGUUGGCAUGAUAGACGGAUUUGUUCGCUUAUUGGAGGUACGGAUGGAUAUGCAGCUGUGCAUUAUUCAAUGUUUUACAAAGCGAUUCAAGCCAAACUGAAGCUCUUGAUCUGAUAAACCAGAGUAAGAAAAUCUCUGCAAUGUUGGAAGCACUUAGAAGCGAGCAUCCAAUCGAGCUAAAAUACGCUCGCAUAUCUGAACCAGAAGAACCUAUGGCAUCUGCUUAUGCUCAACCUCGGAAAGUUCACCGCUCUCGCCAUUUUCCAGGUCUGUAACUUUUUAGCUUCAAUCUCUGAUUUUGUGAUGUUUUUGUCGAUUUCGUUUGAACUGCAUGUUGAUUUUGCUGCAAUUGUGUUGCGUGUUUUUCUUGUUUGUUAUGGAUUUCACGGAAUUUAGGGUUUUUUGUACUUGUAGAGUUAUGUGUAGGGUUUUGAGAGAUCAAUCUUCGGGAGGAUUUGAGCGGAAUUAGGAUUUCAGAUUGGUUUAAAUGUUUCAGGGUAUAAGGAACUAGUCGGAAUAUGAUUGAAUUUGGUUAGUUUGUGUGUUUCUUCUGCGAAAUUAGUACUAAUGCAAGAACUAUUGUUGUAGUGUGAUUAGUCAUACUUGAUUUUACUUUGUUUGAUCCGAAGUCUACUAAUUUUGUAUUGCUACUGGUUCUACAAAUGUUGGAUUUGUACCCAGCUUGAGUCAAAUGGAACUGUCUCGUCGUAUUCUCUAAUGCCACUAGGAAAGGUUUAUGAAAAUUAGGUAGAGCCAGAGCCAAAUAGGGGAGGUAAUGAAUAAUGAUAAGUUGGUCAUAGGAUUCAAGUCAAGGGUAAAUAUUUUGCAAAUAGAAAUUAACAAUUUGCUUUAUGAUUGUAAUUUGUAGUUGUAGUUGCUACGUUCCUUAGUGUGGCGGGUACUUCCCGUCUUGCAGGAGAGUACAUUUAUUUUUCUGAUUUGGAUUCCAUUAUAGGAGAUCAUGUUGGGUUAUGCUGGUUUGCACUGGAGUGUUUUUGUUUCUGCUGUUGCCCCUGGUUUGUUCAAUUCUGUUUUGCUCUUAUUGGGAGUCAUUUUUCAUUUCUCAAUCUGUUUUGCUCUUACUUGUGACUGUUUAAGAUUUUUUUUUAUUUGGGUUAAGUAUCAUUUGCAAUCUUCUGCGUAAUAUGAGACACUUUCUACAAGACACGUGCAUUUUUCUUUCCCGAGUCUUGGUCUUAUGUUUACAUUCUAUUGCAGUAUCUUGAUGAGAAAAGAAAGUUGAUCCUAGCUAUAUGCUGGCUGAGUGUGCUCAGUAAGUUGCUGCUUAAGUUUUGUGCUGCCUGCUGUUCUAUCUUUUUCUUUCCUGCUAUUCUUGUGAAACCAUUGGACGGUGUUUUUAUUAGUUGGAGUUGGAUCUAUGUGAACAGCUUUUGUGUUUUUAGAAACAUAUGAACUGGUAAAUACGCAACAUGCAUCCAUGUGGUUGCUUCUCUAACAUUUACCUUUUCUCAAUCCUUCUCAAUAGCCUUAGAUUUUUUGUUUCUGGCUUGCUUUUGUUGCAAGGCCUAGGUGUUUAGUUGGUUGAGCUUGUACAAAUUUUGGUUCCGCUUUUGAUUAGUUUAAGUUAUUUACCAAAUAAAACAGUUUUGAUAUUUCA